AUGCAGGCCAUCCCCAAGAACAUCCCACGGAACACCGAGCGCCUGGAACUCAAUGGCAACAACAUCACCCGGAUCCAUAAGAACGACUUUGCAGGGCUCAAGCAGCUGCGGGUGCUGCAGCUGAUGGAGAACCAGAUUGGAGUGGUGGAACGGGGGGCUUUGGACGACAUGAAGGAGCUGGAGCGGCUACGCCUGAACCGGAACCAGCUGCACAUGUUACCAGAACUGCUGUUCCAGCAUAACCAGGCUCUGUCCAGGCUGGACCUGAGUGAGAACGCCAUCCAGGCUAUCCCCAGGAAGGCUUUCCGUGGAGCCACAGACCUCAAAAACUUACAGCUGGACAAGAACCAGAUCAGCUGCAUCGAGGAAGGCGCCUUCCGGGCUCUUCGGGGGCUGGAGGUGCUGACCCUGAACAACAACAACAUCACCACCAUCCCCGUGUCCAGCUUCAACCACAUGCCCAAGCUGCGGACCUUCCGCCUGCACUCCAACCACCUGUUCUGCGACUGCCACCUGGCCUGGCUCUCGCAAUGGCUGAGGCAGCGGCCAACCAUCGGGCUCUUCACCCAGUGCUCAGGCCCCGCCAGCCUGCGUGGCCUCAACGUAGCCGAGGUCCAGAAGAGCGAGUUCAGCUGCUCAGGCCAGGGGGAGGCAGGGCACGUGCCCUCUUGCACCCUCUCCUCCGGCUCCUGCCCGGCCAUGUGCUCCUGCAGCAACGGCAUUGUGGACUGCCGUGGCAAAGGCCUCACCGCCAUCCCUGCCAACCUGCCCGAGACCAUGACGGAGAUCCGCCUGGAGCUCAACGGAAUCAAGUCCAUUCCCCCGGGAGCCUUCUCUCCCUACAGAAAGCUGCGGAGGAUAGACCUGAGCAACAACCAGAUCGCAGAGAUCGCGCCUGAUGCCUUCCAGGGCCUCCGCUCCCUGAACUCACUGGUCCUCUAUGGGAACAAGAUCACAGACCUCCCCCGGGGCGUGUUUGGCGGCCUGUACAACCUGCAGCUCCUGCUCCUGAACGCCAACAAGAUCAACUGCAUCCGGCCGGACGCCUUCCAGGACCUGCAGAACCUCUCGCUUCUCUCCCUGUACGACAACAAGAUCCAGAGCCUCGCCAAGGGCACCUUCACCUCCCUGCGGGCCAUCCAGACCCUGCAUCUGGCCCAGAACCCUUUCAUCUGUGACUGUAACCUCAAGUGGCUGGCGGACUUCCUGCGCACCAACCCCAUCGAGACGAGCGGGGCCCGCUGCGCCAGCCCCGGGCGCCUGGCCAACAAGCGCAUCGGGCAGAUCAAGAGCAAGAAGUUCCGGUGCUCAGCCAAAGAGCAGUACUUCAUUCCAGGCACGGAGGAUUAUCAGCUGAACAGCGAGUGCAACAGCGACGUGGUCUGUCCCCACAAGUGCCGCUGUGAGGCCGGCGUGGCCGAGUGCUCCAGCCUGCGGCUCACCAAGAUCCCCGAGCGCAUCCCCCAGUCCACCGCCGAGCUGCGAUUAAACAACAAUGAGAUCUCCAUCCUGGAGGCUACUGGCAUGUUUAAAAAACUCAGCCACCUGAAGAAAAUCAAUCUGAGCAACAACAAGGUGUCAGAGAUCGAAGACGGGGCCUUCGAGGGCGCUGCCUCUGUGAGCGAGCUGCACCUGACCGCCAACCAGCUGGAGUCCAUCCGCAGUGGCAUGUUCCGCGGCCUGGACGGCCUGAGGACCCUGAUGCUGAGGAACAAUCGCAUCAGCUGCAUCCACAACGACAGCUUCACGGGCCUGCGCAACGUCCGCCUCCUCUCGCUUUACGACAACCAGAUCGCCACUAUCUCCCCCGGAGCCUUCGACACCCUGCAGGCCCUCUCCACGCUAAACCUCCUGGCCAAUCCUUUCAACUGCAACUGCCGGCUGGCCUGGCUGGGCGACUGGCUGCGGAAGCGGAAGAUCGUGACCGGAAACCCGAGGUGCCAGAACCCAGACUUCCUGCGGCAGAUUCCCCUGCAGGACGUGGCCUUCCCUGACGUGGCUUCUUCCCCAGGCCAGGAGGAGGGGAGCUGCCUGCCCCGUCCCCAGUGCCCCCAGGAAUGUGCCUGCCUGGACACCGUGGUCCGAUGCAGCAACAAACACCUCCAGGGCCUGCCCAAGGGCAUCCCCAAGAACGUCACAGAACUCUACUUGGACGGGAACCAGUUCACGCUGGUUCCGGGACAGCUGUCCACCUACAAGUACCUGCAGCUUGUGGACCUAAGUAACAACAAGAUCAGCUCCUUAAGCAACUCCUCCUUCACCAACAUGAGCCAGCUGACCACUCUGGGGCUGCGCUCCCUGCGCCUGCUGUCCCUGCAUGGCAACGACAUCUCCACCCUCCCAGAGGGCAUCUUCGCAGAUGUGACCGCCCUGUCCCACCUGGCCAUUGGUGCCAACCCCCUGCACUGUGACUGCCACCUCCGCUGGCUGUCCAGCUGGGUGAAGACAGGCUACAAGGAACCAGGCAUUGCCCGCUGCGCUGGGCCCCCAGACAUGGAGGGCAAGCUGCUCCUCACCACUCCUGCCAAGAAGUUUGAAUGCCAAGGUCCCCCCACUCUGGCUGUCCAGGCCAAGUGUGAUCCCUGCUUGUCCAGCCCGUGCCAGAACCAGGGCAGCUGCCAUAACGACCCCCUUCAAGGGUACAGGUGUGCCUGCUCCAGCGGCUACAAGGGCCGAGACUGUGAGGUGCCCCUGGACAGCUGUGCCAGUGGCCCCUGUGAGAACGGCGGGACCUGCCAGGAACAGGAGGGCGAGGAUGCUGGCUUCACGUGCUCCUGUCCGACUGGCUUUGAAGGACCGACCUGUGGGGUGAACACAGACGACUGUGUGGAGCACGCAUGUGCCAAUGGAGGCAUCUGUGUGGACGGCAUGGGCAACUACACUUGCCAGUGCCCCCUGCAGUAUGCGGGAAGGGCCUGUGAGCAGCUGGUGGACUUCUGCUCCCCGGACUUGAACCCAUGUCAGCAUGAGGCCCAGUGUGUGGGCACCCCGGAUGGGCCCAGGUGUGAGUGUGCACCGGGUUACUCGGGCGACAACUGCAGCGAGAACCAGGAUGACUGCAGGGACCACCGCUGCCAGAACGGGGCCCAGUGCAUAGACGACGUGAACAGCUACUCCUGCCUCUGUGCCGAGGGCUACAGUGGGCAGCUCUGUGAGACCCCUCCCCCCCCAGCCGCCCCCAGGAGCCCUUGCGAGGGGGCUGAGUGCCAGAACGGGGCCCACUGCGUGGACCAGGGCAGCCGGCCCGUGUGCCAGUGCCUCCCGGGCUUCGGCGGCCCCGAGUGUGAGAAGCUGCUCAGCGUCAACUUCGUGGACCGGGACACGUACCUGCAGUUCACAGACCUGCAGAACUGGCCGCGGGCCAACAUCACCCUGCAGGUCUCCACGGCAGAGGACAACGGGAUCCUGCUGUACAACGGGGACAAUGACCACAUCGCCGUGGAGCUGUACCAGGGCCAUGUGCGUGUCAGCUACGACCCUGGCAGCUACCCCAGCUCUGCCAUCUACAGUGCCGAGACGAUCAAUGACGGGCAGUUCCACACUGUGGAGCUGGUCACCUUCGACCAGAUGGUGAACCUCUCCAUCGAUGGCGGCAGUCCCAUGACCAUGGACAACUUCGGCAAGCACUACACACUGAACAGCGAGGCCCCCCUCUACGUGGGAGGGAUGCCGGUGGACGUGAACUCGGCCACCUUCCGCCUGUGGCAGAUCCUCAACGGCACCAGCUUCCACGGGUGCAUCCGGAACCUGUACAUCAACAACGAGCUGCAGGACUUCACCAAGACGCGGAUGAAGCCGGGAGUGGUACCGGGCUGCGAGCCCUGUCGGAAGCUCUUCUGCUUGCACGGCAUCUGCCAGCCCAACGCCACCCCCGGGCCUGUGUGCCAUUGCGAGGCCGGCUGGGGGGGCCUGCACUGCGACCAGCCAGCUGACGGCCCCUGUCACGGCCACAAGUGUGUCCACGGGAAGUGCGUGCCCCUCGAUGCCCUUUCCUACAGCUGCCAGUGCCAAGAGGGGUACUCGGGGGCCCUGUGCAACCAGGCCGGGGCCCCUGCAGAGCCGUGUGGGGGCCUGCAGUGCCUGCACGGCCACUGCCAGGCCUCGGCCACCAAGGGGGCGCACUGUGUGUGUGACCCUGGCUUUUCAGGCGAGCUCUGUGAGCAAGAGUCCGAGUGCCGGGGGGACCCUGUCCGGGACUUUCACCAGGUCCAGAGGGGCUAUGCCAUCUGCCAGACCACGCGCCCGCUGUCGUGGGUGGAGUGCCGGGGCUCCUGCCCGGGCCGGGGCUGCUGCCAGGGCCUGCGGCUGAAGCGGAGGAAGUUCACCUUCGAGUGCAGCGACGGGACCUCCUUCGCUGAGGAGGUGGAGAAGCCCACCAAGUGUGGCUGUGCCCUCUGCGCAUAGCGCCCAGUGCCCACGGGGAGGAGGCUGGCGAGAAGCCGGGCCACCAGGAGACCUGGGCUGGGGUCGGGCCAUCGCCAGGCGGCUCCUGGAUGGCUGGACAAGCCGAACUCGAGCAGUGGGGGCCGAGCGGGUGGGCGAGGCCUGGCUGCAGACCGCCCUCCCGGAAGUGCCUUGCACAAAGAGGCGCUUAAUAAAUAUUGUUGAAU